AUGCGCUUCUUCCCUGCUCCUACAGGUAGUGAGGCUGCAGACCCUAUUGUCAAGGGGAUCAUUCCCACAGCAAGACAGUCCUUGUCGGACUUGGUAAAAUGGAAGCAAAGAACUGUUGUCGUUAAUGACUUCGGAGAAUCGCACUGCGAAUGGCAAGAUCCCGAGCCUUUGACCAACCCGAUUACGCUCUUCAGGCAGUUGAAAGCCAGAGAUUGGCUCUUUUUCAUCUGCGGUUUCCUCGCCUGGACAGCAGACGCUUUCGAUUUCCAUGCCCUGUCGAUUCAAACCAUCAAGUUGGCUGCCUACUACAAGCAGUCCAAUACAAACAUCACCACUGCCAUCACUCUCACCCUGCUCCUUCGAUCGGUGGGUGCUGCAUUCUUCGGUCUUGCAGGAGACAGGUUUGGCCGAAAAUACCCCAUGGUUCUCAACAUGAUCAUUCUCGGACUUCUUCAAGUCGCUACCAUCUACUGCAAGACCUUCAAGGAGUUUUUGGCUGUCAGAAGCUUGUUCGGUCUAUUUAUGGGCGGUGUCUAUGGAAAUGCUAUUGCCAUGGCACUUGAGCACUGCCCUGUAAAUGCCAGAGGACUUAUGUCAGGUAUCCUGCAACAAGGUUACGCUUUUGGCUACGUCUUGGCUGCAUGUGCCAACUUGGGUGUUGGAGGAUCGACCGAGUCGUGGAAGACCGUGUUCUGGAUUGCUGCUGGCUUUUCCAUCGCUGUUGGACUCGCUCGUCUUUGCUUCCCCGAAAGUCAACAAUUCCUCGAAGCAAAGAAGAAUGGCCACAAGAAUAUCUCAGCCGGCGCAUUCUGGAAAGAGACAAAGCUGAUGCUGGCUCAGGAGUGGAAGAUGUGUGUUUACUGCAUCAUCCUAAUGACUUGGUUCAACUUCUACAGUCACACUUCCCAGGAUUCAUACACCACUUUCAUGCGCCAAGCCAAGGGUCUCAACAACGCAGCUGCAAGCAGAGCAUCAAUCUGGAUGAAGGUUGGUGCUUGUGUUGGUGGGUGCAUCAUCGGCUACCUGUCACAAUUCGUCGGUCGUCGCCGUGCCAUGAUCGCUUCCGCAAUCAUGUCUGGCGUCAUGAUCCCAUCCUGGAUUCUCCCAUCUGGCGAACGCGCAUUGUCAGCAACUGGUUUCCUCAUCCAGUUUUUCGUCCAAGGAGCUUGGGGUGUCAUCCCAAUCCACUUGAACGAGCUUUCCCCACCAGCAUUCAGAUCUUCAUUCCCAGGUCUGACAUACCAAAUCGGAAACAUGAUUUCUUCCCCUUCAGCUCAGAUCGUGAAUGCGUUAGCCGAAAAGAUAUCUGUGAAGGAUGAGGGUGGACCACAUGUUAAGGCUUACGGUCCAGUCAUGGGUAUUGCGACUGCAAUCAUCGCCAUUGGUAUCGCAUGCACUGUUGCUGUUGGACCUGAGAGACGUGGUCGCAGGUUUGAGGCUGAGCCCAUUGCUGGCGCUGCCCUUGACGUUUCAGAUAAGGAUUUGGAAUAUGGAGAACAUGAGAAGAAGGUCGACGUUGAGAAUGUCGAGGCCAAGUCGCAAUAG